UACCAAGUCAACAGUUUACUGAGCACCUCUAGUCCCAAAGAAAGAUGGUCCAAACAGCGGACCGUCUCUACCAAACCAUGGCCACCGUUCGGCAACCUGAGGGAACAAGACGACCAAACAAUUUGGCUUUAGCAUUCAAACGGAGGUCACUCUUUAGCUCAAUCCCGUCCACCACUCUUUUCUUCCCUUUUUCAUGCUAGCAACGCAUUCAGAUCCAACGUCUCCUGAUUUUCAACUCGAUGACGGUGGUCGCCCCGCCAAGAGGCAGCGCAAUUGGCCUCCAGAUUCACCCAUGACCUACACGGACCCAACUCAGUUCGGCUACCUGGAUGAAUCGACGGUGUCUAUGGAGACGACUAGGCUUGCCCGACAAGAUUCCACGUCCCAGCGUACUCAGGAGAAAGAAAAAGGCCGCAGACUGUCCUGCAAAGAAUGCCGGAGACUCAAGCUGAAAUGCGACCGCGUGUUUCCUUGCCAGUCUUGCCGGAAACGAGGUUGUUCUGAUAUAUGCCCUGAAGGUGCACUCACUUCUGGAAGAGGGAGCCGUUUCAUUCUCGCCAAUACCGAACAGCUUCACGCGAAAAUACUCCAACUCAGCGAUCGUGUGCGACAGCUUGAAGAUGGAUUACAAACUUUACAGUCAAAUCAGUUCUCAGAACCGCACCCGCUACUCGCCCCUGAUCUGCUGAAAAUCAAAAGCACCCAAGAAUUUUAUGGAGCGCGUCGGCCGAAUUUUUUGUCGCUAGAUUUGUCUUCGGCUCAGGGGGAUGAAAAUCUGGGGGCAUCGGUUGGAGCGUUGUCGCUCACUUCCAACAACUCUCCCGCAAUGGAGCAUGACGAAGGACGGUCGACUGGUUUCACUGGAGAUGGACUAGAGGUGCCGGCAGACAUCAUGCAACUCAGCACUACUUUUCCUUUUCCGUGGGCAGUCGAUCUCAAAAUCAGAGCACGUAUACGUAGCGCGUUACCAGAGCGAAAGGAGGCUCUUCGUGUCUGCGAACAAGCACGUAAUAAUGCUUUGUGGCAAUACAAUUUGGAUGCUUCGGAAACCUUCAUCCCAAAUCUAGUGCAUUACUGUUAUGAGACGGUCAUCGAAGAUCUCAGUCCUAGGCGGCUCGCGCUGCUACUCAUGGUCCUUUCCAUUGGUUCUUUGGUCGACCUCGACGGUCCUUUGGGGUCAUUACACGGCGAAGCCUAUCACCACUUAGCCAGAGCUUCUGUCUGUGAAAUACCCCUGAUGGAAGAGCCUGAUUUUGAUACGCUUCAUGCACUCUUUUUCAUGAUCUGGUACCACCUCAUCUUUUCCGACAACAAGAAAGCAGUCGGAUAUGCAUGGAAUCUGAUGGGCUUCGUUGCAAAGGCAAGUUAUGCGUACUCGUGA